CGUCACCUUUGCCGGACGCAGAAGGAUGACGUCGACGACAGGCCGCUUCGAGCUGCAUGUGCUCUCGGACCAGAGCCACCUCGCGAUCUCGCAGAAGAACGUCGACCAAUGCCUCCUCCUCGAGCGCAAUGCGACGGGCCCCAACUUCCUCAUGCUCGAGGAAGCCGCGGACCUCAAGCACACGCAUGGACGGUCGCUGCCCUUUGACGCCAUCUUUGGCAUCUACCAUCUGCUCAAGGGCCGGUACCUCGCGCUCGUGACCAAGUCCAAGAGCGUUGGCAAGGUGCAUGGCCUCCGCGGCCGCGACGACGCCGCCGACGUCGACUUUCGCCAAGUGCUCGCGAUCGAGCUCGUGCUGCUGCCGACGCACGACGUCCCGCUCUUGAGCGCGGCGCAGCUCCAAGACGAAGAGCGGUAUGUGCAAAUGCUCACGACCAACGUCGAGUCGCAGCUGCUCUACUUUGCGCACGACUACGACUUGACGCACUCGCUCCAGCGCAUUGCGACGCUGUCGCCGCUGCAGUCGGUGGCCGAGCGCGCCGACACGCGGUUCUGCUGGAACUAUGCGGCCUGCGGGUUCCUCCUCGAGAAAAAGCUCUUUGAAUGGGUCGUGCCGAUCAUGCAAGGCUACAUCGAGGUCGUCAAGCAGCUCGCUUGCUCGUCCAAGGCGUUCGACGUCGUGUACAUCUCGCGCCGAUCGUGCCGUCGCCAGGGCCUACGCUUCACGAUGCGCGGUAUCGACGAGGACGGCAACGUGGCCAACUUUGUCGAAACCGAGCAAGCGUGCCUCUUCGCGGACGGCCGCCAGACCUCGUUUGUGCAGAUUCGAGGGUCGAUCCCGAUCCAUUGGAGCUCGCCCGCCACGAUGAAGUACGCACCCAAGGUCUACCAGCGCGGCAACCUCGAGAAGGACACGCUGGCGUUCUCUGUGCAUGCAAACGAGCUCAUCAAGCUCUACGGGCGCGUGAUCAUGGUCAACUUGAUCGACAAGAAGACGGAGCAGCUGCGACUCGGCGAGGCGUUUGAAAAGGUGUGCGGCCAUGCGUCGGCGUGCGACACACACAUCCUGGCCAACGUUCGCUACGUCUGGUUUGAUUUCCACCACGAGUGCCGCAAAAUGCAGUGGCACCACCUGAGCAAGCUCAUCCAACAAGUCGACAAUGAUUUCUUAGACUACGGGUACUUUACCAAGGCAGCGACGGGCCAGGUGCUGACGACACAGUCGGGCGUUGUGCGCACCAACUGCAUGGACAACCUCGACCGCACCAACGUUGUGCAGUCGCUAUUUGCGCGCCGGAGCUUGCUCUUGCAGGCCAACGAGAGCAUCGACGGCGACGUGCUCUCGUCGCCAUUCCCGGCGUUGGAAGUCGCGUUCAAAAACAUGUGGGGCAACAAUGCCGACGCCAUCUCGUUCCUCUAUGCAGGCACGGGGGCGCUCAAGACGGACUUUACCCGCACGGGCAAGCGCACGAAGAAGGGCGUCGUCCAAGACGUGUACAACUCGUGCCUUCGGUACCUUCUCAACAACUUUGCGGAUGGGCACCGCCAGGACUCGAUCGACUUGCUCCUGCAGCGCUACGUGCCGAGCCGCCACAAGAACUCGCCGUUUGCGGACGCGGCGCCGGUCUCGCUCCAGACCAUGCUCAUGAUGUCGACGAUGGUCGUUGGCAGUGUCAUUCUCGGGCUUCUCUUUUGGGACCGCCACCUCGGCUUUGUGUUUGAGCGGCUCGUGCACGCGACGUCGCUGGUCACCUUGGUCGCGAGCAUGGUCUUUGGGUACCUUCUCAAGAAGGGCACCAAGCUCGGCGAGCGCUUUGUCGCGCGGCCAGCGCUCCGACCGCAAGACGGCUGCAGCUGCAAGUGGCCAUAAACGAUGCCGCAUCCUCCGAUCGACUAUCCAUUUUCGGGUUGAAGAUGCGCGUUUCUUUAUAUUCGAUCGUGGGAUCGCGUAAGAAUACGAGUCAAGAAUAAGAUCCAAGAUGACACGCG